UUAAAGUGGAGUUUAGCCAAUUGAGACACAACUCAAUCCAAAUUUCCAAUAAUGAUUAGAUGAUGUUCAACAUCUUUACUUUCUCUCUCUCUCUCUCUCUCUCUCUCUCUGACUACUACAACUAUAUAAAUGCAAAUGAGCUCUUUCUAUUCUUUCCUACCUAUAGGCAAGUUGGAUAAAUUUCCAAGAACUCAAUGAUAAGGUUUUGAAUAUUAAGAAAGAAAAAUUAAGGGGAGAUGGGAGAGGAGGUAAUUGAGAUGAGAGUAGAAGAAACAGCCUUGUCACGGAAGCCACACUUCGUGUUGGUGCAUGGAAUUGGUGGAGGAAGCUGGUGCUGGUACAAAAUCAGGUGCCUCAUGGAGAACGCAGGCUAUAAGGUAUCUUGUGUUGACCUCAAAGGUUCAGGCAUCGAUCAAGGAGAUGCCAAUUCUAUCCUCUCUUUUGAUGACUAUAAUAAGCCUCUAAUGGAUCUCUUGUCUUCCUUGCCUGAUAAUGAGCAGGUGAUACUGGUGGGGCACAGCGCUGGGGGGCUAAGUAUAACGCAGGCAACUCACAAGUUGGCAAAGAAGAUCCGGUUAGCAGUGUACUUGGCAGCCACCAUGCUGAAGUUGGGUUUCUGGACGGAUCAAGAUGCCCAGGAUGGAGUUCCGGAGCUGUCCUCAUUUGGUGAGGUGUAUGAGCUAGGAUUUGGAUUGGGAAGUAAUGAGGCUCCUACGAGUGCCAUUGUGAAGAAAGAAUUCCAACGCCAAAUCAUCUAUCAAAUGAGCCCACGAGAGGAUUCAAUCCUAGCUUCGAUGCUGUUGAGACCAGGACCAAUCCUAGCAUUAAAGAGAGCCCAGUUCAAGGAGGAGGAGAAUGGUGAUGGCAUAGAGAAGGUGAAGCGUGUGUACAUAAAGACAAAGCAUGAUCAUGUAAUAAAACCUCAGCAACAAGAGGCUAUGAUAAAGAGGUGGCCUCCAUCUCAGGUUUUUCUUUUGGAUUGCGAUCACAGCCCUUUCUUUUCCUCUCCAUUUCUCCUUUUUGGCUUGCUCGUCAAGGCAGCAGCUUCUGUCGGAUAAUAGCUCACAGAAUCCGCUUCUUCUUCAUUGGUGAUUGCACUAAAACCAAGUACAUAUAUAUGCAACUUGAUUUUUGGAAUAAAUCACUAAAAACCAUUCAUGUAUAGCUUCAUCUUUGGGCUUGUGGUUUCCUACUUAUCUUGCUUAUUAAUCACUCAAAGUGCAUGGCCAUCUUUUCACUUAAUAUGUAAUGCGUAUAUCUUGCAUUUAGGUUUUAACAGUAUGUAUCAUGCUAAUUGUUUUUUAAUAAUAAUAAAAAAAAGAAAAAAGAAAAAAGCGCAUGGCCAUCUUAUUCUGAUGAUGCCAAAUCAAGAAGUCCAACAUUUGCAUUAAAUGGAAACAUUUAUACUUGU